AUUAUUGCUUCAUAAGUCCUUUAAUUUCUUCUUCUUCUUCUUCUUUUUUUUAAAAGAAACUUAUCUAUAAUCUUGGAUCCGAUCCAAAGGCUUGAGCCAGUUAUUCUGCCCUGGAGCCUAGUAAAGAUUUGCAUACGGUAUCAUAGCAGGCAACGCAGAGGUAGAGUCCUGCAACCAUAUACACUACAGAUAACGGAAGCCCAUAAUGAAUUUAUUCUUCAGAAUGUUUUCCAUCUGCUUCAUGCUAAUUGUUCUUGUAGACGAUGGAUUAGGCAUUUUUGAGAAUGAGUGCAAGGAAUCCAAAUGUGGGAGCCAUGGUCCAGCCGUUCGAUUCCCGUUCCGAAUCAAAGGCCGCCAACCUGACCACUGUGGCUAUCCUGAAGAUGGGUUUCAUCUUUCAUGCUCCGAGAGGAAGGAGACAGUACUGGAGUUGCCAAAUUCAGUGAAACUCUCGAUCAAUAAGAUAGAUUAUUUUUCUCAAGUGAUUUCUGCAAGUGAUCCACAAGGUUGUUUUCCAAAACAGCUUCCCAAAAUCAAUUUAUCUGUCUCUUCCUUUCGGUUUCAUUAUCAAUUUGAUUACUGGGAGAACAAUUGCACAAUUUUUCACUGUUUACAGAGAACACAAUGGUCUUCGGCAACACUGAUUUCUUGCCAAAGUUCUCCCAACUCCUAUGUUUAUUCCAAUCCAUCAAAUUCGGGAGGCGAUGUCAAUAAAAUAUAUAAUUGUACCAAGAUGUAUGAAAUUAUUAAUUUUCCAUUUCUACUAUGUGACUUGGAUAUUAGGGUUGUCCGUUUGAGCUGGUCAUUUCCGAGGUGUAACUCUUGUGAAGCACAUUACAAAUAUUGCAGAUUGAAGCCUAACAGCACUCAACCUGCUAUUGAAUGCUAUGGCAAGCUCCAAAAAAAGGGGGCACUAAAUAAGUUUGUGGCGACAGGCAUAGCUUUGGCCCUGCUUCUUCUAGCGGUAUCAGUGACUGCACUUUUCUAUGUGUAUGGCUUCAACAAAAAAGAAAAAGAAUAUCAGUCCAAGAUUGAAAAGUUUUUGGAUGACUACAAAACUUUCAAACCUUCAAGAUAUUCCUAUACUGAUAUUAAGAGGAUCACAAAUCAAUUCAAGGAAGAACUAGGCCAAGGAGCUUAUGGAACUGUCUAUAAAGGGAAGCUUUCUGAAGAAAUUAUGGUAGCCGUUAAGGUCCUCAACAAUUCCAAGGGUAAUGGAGAGGAAUUUGUAAAUGAAGUUGGAAUAAUAGGAAAGAUCCACCAUGUCAAUGUCGUUCGUUUGAUUGGCUUUUGUGCUGAUGGAUUCAGGCGAGCUCUACUUUAUGAGUACUUACCAAAUGAAUCACUAGCAAAAUUUAUAUCUUCAGCAGAUGCCAAGAACCAUUUUCUUGGAUGGAAAAGGCUGCAAGAUAUUGCUCUUGGAGUUGCCAAAGGAAUUGAAUAUCUCCACCAGGGAUGCAAUCAAAGAAUCCUCCAUUUUGACAUAAAUCCACAUAAUAUCCUGCUUGACCACAAUUUCAAUCCCAAAAUCUCUGAUUUUGGCCAGGCUAAGUUGUGUUCUAGGGAUCAAAGUGCAGUGUCCUUGACAACAGCCAGAGGAACCAUUGGCUACAUCGCUCCUGAAGUCUUUUCAAGGAACUUUGGGAAUGUUUCCUGUAAAUCAGAUGUUUAUAGUUUUGGAAUGUUGGUGUUAGAAAUGGUUGGAGGAAGGAAGAAUGUUGAUGCUAAACAAGGAAAUGAAGAUCAAAUUUACUACCCGGAAUGGAUUUAUAAUCUUUUGGAAGGAGGAGAAGAUCUAAGGUUCGAGAUUGAUGCAGAGGAGGAUGCCAAAAUUGCAAAGAAACUUGCAAUUGUGGGACUCUGGUGCAUUCAGUGGAAUCCAGUGGAUCGUCCUUCCAUGAAAACUGCUGUCCAAAUGUUAGAAGGGGAAGGAGACAAUCUAUCAAUACCCGCUAAUCCUUUCAGCUCUUCUAAUCAUACAAGAAUGAAUUCAAGAGUCUCAAGAAGACAACUUCACCAUCAGUUGGAGGCCAUCUCAGAAACCGAGUAAAUAUUAAUUAGAGAUCGUCUGUAAUAACCAAUUAGUUUGCAAUCAUAUAGAAAAGGAUCUUCAAUUAGUUCCUUAAAGUAUGAGAAACAUGUUAUUAAGCACUUGGUUAAUUAGUUUCCUUCCCCAUUUUCUGUCA